GCGUGCCGCAGCUAAGACCCGGCGCAGCCAAAUAAAUAAAUAAAUAUUUUUAAAAAUAAACAAAGACAACUUGAAGAAAUGGAGAGAGAGCAUGUUUGUAGAUUAGAAGACUCAAUAUUGUUAAAAUGUCAAUUAUCCCAGUCAAGAUUCCAGAAGGCUUUUAGUAGUAAUUAACAAGAUGAUUCUAAAACAUGGAAAUGCAGGUGACCUGGAAUUGCCAAUGCAAUUACACAAAGCAGGGCUUCACUCUACCUGACUUCAGACUUUCUGUAAAGCUUCAGUAGUUGAGACUGUGUGGUACUGGUGACACACAGAUGACUGGAACAGAAUAGAAAGUCCAGAAGUAGACCCACACACAGACAACUGAUUUUCAACAAAGAUGUCAAGAUAAUUUAAUAUGAAAAGGAAAGUCUUUUUAACACAUGCUGCUACAACAACUGGUUAUACAUAGGGAAGGAAAAUGAACUUGAUCUUUACUUCACACCAUGACACAAAAGUAACUCAAAGAAAACACAGGAAAUCCUUAUGACCCUGAGGUCAAGGCAGAGAUUUCUUAGGACGCAAAAAGCAAGAACCAUAAAAGAAAAAAUGGAUGCAUUCGAUAUUAUCAAAAUGAAAACAUUUGUUCUUCUAAAGAUACCCAUUAGAAAAUGAAAAGACAAGUCACAAAAUGGGAGAAAAUAUUUACAGUACAUAUAUCUGACAAAAUACAUGAAGAGUUAGCACAUAAUAAUAGACAGAUGACCCAGCCGAACAACAUGGCCCAAAGAUGUGAAUAGAGACGUUAUGAGAGAUGUAAGAUGUGUGAAUGGCUGACGAGCAGGGCAGAGGUGCUGACUAUCGCUAGUUACCAGGGAAACGCAGGUUGGAACAGCAGGAGAACCGCUGCCCGCCCACCGGUGCAAGGCCACUAGCUGGCAGGGCCAGAGCAGGUGAGCCGCCCAGGGCAGCUGGGGCUGCACACGGAGCCGCUGCCCGAGAACAGCAGGGCAGCUUCCCAGAAAGUUCCCUUGACCCGGUGCUUCCAAGCAUUUACCCAAGAGGAAGGAAAGCAAGCAAGCAACCGUGCAGGAACGGGCCCAAGAACGCCCCCAGCAGCGUUAGCCACCAAAAUGUGGAAACAGCCACAUGGCCAUCAGCAGGCAGUGGGCAGGGGAAGUGUCCUCGCAGUGGAUGCCACUCAGCCACGAGAGGGCAAAGUACAGAGGAAUCUGAAGAUCGCUGUGGCCGUGCUGAAGGGCAGGAGCCCGACCCAAGGUGCGCAGACAGUGUGGUCCGUUCUCCUGAAAUUCCAGAAGACACAGUCCACGUGCAGCGGCAGGGCUUGGCCGGGCGGGCGGGGGCCGUGGAGGGGCCGCAAGGUGUGGACGCUGUACUCAGUCGUGUCCACUGAGUAGCAGACAGAGAUGUCGACUGAGACCUGAUUCCUGAAUCUAAGGUGUCAAUGUGGCUGUGACACCAGUAGUUGCCACCUGAGGGGAUUUCACAUUCUAGAAAGGGGAUGGUGCCGCAGAGAAGGGCAGGUGUUUUUAAUGGGGGGACUUGACGUGGGGUGGAGAGGGGCGGCGUCUGCUCCGUCAGCCUGGACUGAAGCCAGCACAGAGUGAAUGGCAGGACAGACCCCAGCCCAGGACCCCCAGGCCCUGGGCCAGUGGGCGGAGGGGCUUCUCAUCCCCCAGCCCCAAGUGCGCCUGCUCUGGAACCUGAACCAGUCCCCCUCACGCGCAGCUCCACCCUGCAGCUGGUUUUGUUAAGAAAAAUGUCUUUUUAGAGGUGACUUUUAUGCGUUGGGGAUGGAUUAUAAUUGUGGUUCCCACCUUUCAGAAUAAAAACCCGACUAACGAUUUACUUCCGGGGUUGUGCAGGCUGGUGUUUCUCCGGUUACGUUAGAAAUGUAGCACCGUGAGCACUGAAUCACGUGGGCUGCCGCGUUUCAUGUGGUUUUAGGGUUAGGAAGUUUACUUGCAGCCUGUGGUCGUAUUUUGUCUGUUUGCUCUCUGGAUCCAUCACCCCGCCAGAAGCAUCUGUACCCAGUACUGCCUGCGUCAUGGCUUCUAUUGCCCCAGCUGGAUGUUUUUCACACACCCUUCCGUGAUGACAACGGGGCAAACGGCACAAGACUGUAAGGCCGAGGGCCCCUGACCAGCCUGGCCGCCCCAGAGGCACCCUUGCCAUUCCGUCUCUGGGUGAAAAUACCGGAAAUCGAAUUUGGGUCUCAUGAGGACAGGAUGCAAUGGCAGGUGGGAGGGCCGUCCGAGCUCUGGGGCAGGACUGGCUCACCCAGACCCCUCUGCUCAGUCCUUCCAGCAGCGGACGGUGGGAAACUGGCGCAGGAGGGAGUGAGUCCGUCACAUCCUGAUCCGGGUGGGCUGAGCCCUGGGGGGUUCAGUUGGACCCCGAGCCCCAGGCGUGGUUUGGCCGCGCUUGACCAGCAGCACGGCCUCACCUGUCCACCUCGAUUUGCAGGCCCCGGACCGAGGGUCUGCCGGGCUCCAGGAGGGCCAGACCCUGAGCUCCGGGACAUGGCGCUCCAGCGCGCCGUCCUCCUGGCCAGCCUCCUGGUGGAAGUUGCCAGUAGAUCCUCAGGAAGUGCGGGCCAGCAGCCCAAGUGUUGUGUGGACGUGGUGGACACCAACGCCACCUGCCCAGGCACUAGCCUGUGUGGCCCAGGCUGUUACGGGCGCCGGGCCGAGGACGGGACCGUCAGCUGCAUCCGCUGCAGGAACGGAACUCACAACAGCUCCGAGUGCAGAGGCUUCGCUGCCCGGGGCGCACGCUUGCCCGUGAACAGGAGCGCAGGGAUGCCCGGGCGGCCGAGUUUGGGGGGCCCCCAGGUGGCAGCCUCCGUCUUCCUGGGGACGUUUCUCAUCAGCUCGGGCCUCAUCCUCUCCGUGGCCGCAUUCUUCUACCUCAAGCGUGCCAGUAAGCUGCCUGACGUCUUCUAUGGAAGAAACAAAGCCCCCGGCCUGCAGCCUGGCGAAGCUGCCGCGAUGAUUCCCCCACCUCCGUCCUCAGUGCGGAAGCCGCGCUACGUCCGGCGCGAGCGGCCCUCGGACAGGGACGUGGGCCCCGCUGCCGUCUCCUCCGUGGAGGCCCGGGUGAGCAACGUCUGAUCCUGCGGCCCGUCCACAGCCCGCGUGCUGCCGAGGGGGGGCCCACACAAAGGCUGGGCGCUGCCCAGCGAGGCCUCAGGACAGGCCUGCACACGGCCCUGGCUCGUCCCUCUCCAGCCACAGAUGUGGAGUGAGAGCCGCCUGCCUGCAGCUUUCCUCACCGCACACAGCCGCUCAGCGUGACUGACCCGGGGCAUCACUCCAGCCUCUGUCCCUGAGCCCAGCUGGGGAGCCAGGCCGCGGGGGUCCAGGCUCCUCGGGAGAGACAGCCUGCAGGACCCGGGUGCUCCUCGCCUUGGAGCCCAUGGUGGGCAGACCCCCUGCACCUCCUCUGAGAGCAGUGAGGCCGAGGCCUUCGGGGGGGUCCGGCCGCAUCCACACACAGGCAGUUUGGGGCCUGCAAACUGGCCCCCGGGCCCAGGCGCCCGCAGGGCUGUCCUGCACGGCCACAGCUGCCCGUUUCCAGGCGCUGCAGGAGUGAGUCGUCUGGUCUCCUGCUGACUCUUAUCUGUGUUUAAGCAGAAGGCAUUUUGUAUAGAAGUCCAAGAGGCACGCUGUCCUCAUCUGCACCCCGCCUGGGCCCCAGGCACUGCAGGUCCUCAUCCGCCUUGGGGCGGACACGGGCCUGAAGCUGCUGGAGGUCAAGGCCCCCCCCCCGGGCCGUGUCAGCCCGGGGCCACGUUAACCUGUGACUGCCGCCUGGACUGGCUGUCUCGCUGGGCCUGCCGAGGGCCGCCCUGGCUGGCAGUCCCGUCCCGCCGCCCCCGCCCCGAGGCAGCAGCCCGUGUUCCCUGCCUCGGCCAGUUGCGGAGGGACGGCUCUGGGUUCCUGUGGAAAUGGGGGCCCGUCGGGGCGCCCACUGAGCACGGGCAGGGCGCUGCCUGGCUUCCCCGGAGCCUCCGCGGGGACUGACGUUUUCUCCUCCGGCGUCUGGCCCACGUCCGCGGGGCCCACGCAGGGCCUGUGUGGCCAGCCCCCUGCUCUCUGCACUGGGAUUCCCGCUGGGGUGUUUGUGGUUUAUGGACACAAGCUCGGUCACCAGGACAUGAACGAUGACUGACCGGCAGCUGAGAGGGGCGGCCACCUGAAAUCAGCGCCAAUAAACCACUCAGGCCCUUCUCGCCGGCCCAAGGUUCACCUCCUCAGCAGGGCUGGAGACUCGCUGCCGAGCCUGCCUCGCUCUGCGGAGGGCGGGGAGCCCUCAGCCCUCAGGACCUUAGCCUCGGGAGAAGGGGGCUUGUCCCAAGCUGCCUCGCGAGAGCAGGACUCCCCGGUGGCCCCCAGCGUCAGGACUGAGAUGGGAACGAGUGUGGGUGCCCCUAGGGGGGCUUUUCUGUAAAGUGACCGGGCCCAUGGGGGAUGUGAAGUCACGGGUGACUGCAGGCCCCCGUGCAGCCAGGACACCCAUGGGGCCUCUCCGGGAGGUCGCCGUGGUGCCCGGCUCACAGCCCCCAGGAGGAAGCUACACGUGGGCACAGAGUGCAGGCUGGCGGCACCUUGGGGAGGUGGGUCCCGUGGGCGGGUGGCCCUUGGAGGGACCUUUGCCGACUGGUAGAGCGGGCUUCAUCCGGGCACCCCCACCAGAGCCGCCAGGACAGAGCUGGGGCAGGGCAGAGAGCCUGGCCCGCCGCGUCUGAGGCUGGCAGCCAUCGGGGCACGCGGGGGGCAGCUGCCUGGCCCUGGGCGCCGCGUCAGCACAGCCAGGGCUGCGGGGCGGCUGCCCGGGAACCUCCUGCCUCCAGGCUGAUCGCCUGGAGGGGCUGUGGGUCGCGCACAGGCUUCCUGUGGGCACAAGAUGACCCUCGGCUUCCCCGGGGCCCCCCAGAGCCCCUCUUCUCUAAUGUCCUGUCCCCUGCCCUGCCUGCAGCCCCAGCCUCAGCUCUGCCCCACCCCUGGCAGCAAAACUCAACUCUGAAUUUGAACCUGCAGCCCUCUGGUCCCCACACUUGAGAUGCUUCCCCUGACUUCCCAGGCCUGUGUGGCCUGGCCCCUUGGGCUCUCAGCCGCCGGAGACCCCUGGGCCUGGGUGCGACUGUCUCAGGCCCCCAAAUAGCUGGGGGGGCAUCACUGGACUCGUCAGCCCGUGACCCUGAUGGGCAUCCCGGCCAGAAAGCGGUGGGCAGGGUUGGGAGGCACCCGACAUGGGGGUGGGGCAGGGUGUCUGGGCCGGGCACCAUGCACAGCCGCCUCCCCAGUUUCUCUCCGUCACCCAUUCCUCACCCGGACUCCAGGCCCUCAUGUAAGAAGCCAAGAUAAGGCCAAUUUGUGGGGUAGUCAGUUCAGGCCAAAGCAGGCAGGUGGGGCACCCGUCCCCUCCCAGCCCCACCGUGUCAACCACCAUGGGGAACCCCAUGCCCCGGGAGGUGGCCCGGCCUGGGGGCGGUUGGUGGGCACGGCCCUGGGGUCACGCUGCAGCUCGCUCGUUCAUUCAUCCACUCGCUCAGCGCCGGAGAAGCACCCAGAGCCGUCAGAGGUCAGCAAGAGGCCGCACCCACUGCAGAGGUGGGAGGACAGGGCCGGGCGAGUGGGGCUGGAAGGGGUGACGCGAGGGCAGAGGGCCUCAUGGCCAGAGGGCCGCAGCAAGCCUGUCGGGAGCCCAGAGUGCGUGGGGGGACGGGCGGGCGGCCGGGAGGCCAGGCGCAAGUGCACCCCCCAAGCCCUGCUUCAGCCCUGCCUCUGACCUGUGGGGGACACCAGAAUCUACGCCCGUGUGGGGACCUCUCCCCACACUGGCCGUUUCGUGUGCCCCCGGCAGCCCUCAGGCAUCUGAAGCCGGUCCUCACCCCAGUCCUGGGGGCAGGGGGGCCGUGGCCAGCGGGGGCCUCGGGGGCCAGGCCUCUCUCCUGCCCCUCUGGCCGAGGACAGCUUCUGUGUCCAGCCCAGGACUCGCAGGUGUCCUGAGGGCUCUGGGACCCCACAUCUGAGAGCCGUGACUGGACGGCCGCGGUCACCGUGGGCCUCGUUCUCUGCCCGGUCCGGCAAGUGAGUCCCAGCCCCGGGGUCACGUGCCGGCCGCCGUGCUCCCCUCACGUGCACACACCUGCAGAGCACGCAGACACCUGCACACGCAGACACGUGCGCUCGCACACCCAGCCGGGGGGAGUUGGUGAACAGCUCGCCCACUCAGGCGAAGGCCACGCUCACACCUGGAGCAGCUGCUCUUCCCUCGUGAAGGUGGAGAGCAAGCAGGUGUGCGGGGACCAGGUGGGCCCCAAGUGUGCUGAGAUCCGUGCGGUGAGCCCUGGCCACCACCCCAGCUGGCACAUCCCUCAGAUGUUCCUGUUCCUUUGCCUCUGGGCACUGACUGUCCACUGAGGAGCUCGGAGAUUCCCAGGAGCCCUUGGGAAGGUGUUCUCAGAGGACCGAGGACACUUCCUGGAGGCAGCAUGUGACCGACCCUGAGUCACAACACUCGUGGGAACCAGAGCCCCGUCCCGCACGGACUGGCCCGCCCCUCACAGACACUCCUGGUUCUCUGGGCCCCCACCCCUUCUCCGAGUCCCCACCCUCCCCCUCUGGGCCCCACCCCCUCGUCAAGCCCCUGGCUGAGGCUCCUCCCCCUUCCUGGAGCACACAGGGGAGCCCCAGCCCCUUCCUAGGCCCAGGUCCCCUCUCCUCCUGCAGCCACCCCACACCUCAGCCUCCUUGUGGCUGCAGGUCUGGCUGCCCCUCCCAUCUCGCUGUGGCUCCUCCUGGGGUCUGGGCCCAGGAGGCCUGCUCUGGGCACCCACCUCCUAACGCUGAGGGAGGGUCUUCCUCUUGCUGACCUCUGACUUCUGUUGGCUGUCAGGUGCUUCUCCUAGUGCUGUUGGGGCUGGGCAGCCUCCGGGGGUCCUGGACUACCCGCUGAGGAGUCAGGGGGCCCCUGCCUGGUGGGGGGGGAUGAGGUGGGCCGUCCCCCACCAGUGUGGAUGGCUGCUCCCAGCCUCACCAAGCCCGGCAUCCCCUCCCCACAGGCUCGUGACUGGGGUCCCAUCUCAGGUGGACUGGGCCCCAAGUCUAGAUCACCUGCACACUGAGGUGUGCUGCGUACAGCUGGGG